AUUCUACAUAACUCAAAAAAAGAAUCAGAAAUCAAAUAGGAACCCAGUUCUUAAGAAUCUCGAAAGAAAAAAAGAAAAACCGAAUCAAUCCUAGAAAGAAAAAUGGGUCGAUUUUACUUUUUCAAGAUUCUUCUUGUUUCAGCUAUGAUUUUGUCUCUUUUUUUCUCACAGGGAUCUGCAAGAAAUUUAGUAAGUUUGGGAAAUGAUGAUCAUUCUACUGUUGAUGUAGAGAAUGGAAGAAGGAUGUUGCAAGUUAAUGUUAUGGAUUAUAAAGAACCAGGGGCAAAUCCAAAAAAUACUCCUGUUUUGCCUCCUCCCCCUCCUGCAGAAGUCUAACUGUAUUUUACAUGUCUUGAUCUUCUUAAUAAUUACUAAAGAAAGAAAAGUUCUUGAUUUUCUGUGUUGGAUCUUAAUUUUGUUUGAUAAAAUUUUGAGAAAUGAGAGAAAAGUUUCUCAUGUAGUUACUACUGUUUUUGUGCUUCUUUGAUUGUGUGUUGAAAAAUGAAGGUACUUGUGUUAAUAUGUGAUACUGGGUGGUUCUAUGAAUACUAGUUUAUCCUGCAGAGGAUUUGUAAAUGGAAAUUUAGUCUAAAAAACGUGGUCGGGGACCUGUUCAGCUGAUCAGGUUUGAGAAGGGGAUACAGGCUCUGGCAGUCUGGUCUAUGCCUUGUUCGCAACAUUCUUCAAGGUACAGAAACCUUUUAACAACAAUUUCUGGAAGAUCAACUUUCAUGAAGUCUUGAGACAGUAGUAUAAUAUAUUUAUUACGAUAAAUGUUGAAGGCAAAAACAUCCUUUGUUCUUGAGUUCUGAUAAAAUGUUCCCACUUCCUGUUCUUUUUUUUCUCUCUAUAUUAUUGGUCAUGAAGUAGAGAAUGAGAUGAACAAAAAUCAUCAAGUCAAAAAUACAGACUUGGAUCACCUGUAAACUAGCUGUGCUGCCGAGGUGUAAGGUUUAAGUCGUCUAUUGGACUGCUUAAUCAGUGAAAUCAGACAUUCUAUUUCUAUUA